AAGUCAUGAACAUGGAGUUUUCUUACUAGACUACUGAUACCACCUGUCUGUUAUUGAAGUCUUAGGCGAAGAAACAAUGAGAAAGACUUUCUUCAAGCAAGCAAAAGUGUUUCCUUGGAUAACCAAUGUGUCCUUAUAUGGAUGCUUGUUCGCUGGCGGGGACUUGGUUCAUCAGUGCAUAUCUCAGAGGGAUGAAAUUGAUUGGAGACACACACGUAAUGUAGCAGUGGUGGCGUUUAGUUUCCAUGGUAACUUUAACUACUUCUGGUUGCGAGUUUUGGAACGACGUUUCCCGGGAAAGUCAGCGAGCAUGCUAGUUCGCAAGCUUCUGCUGGACCAAAGUUUCGCAUCACCCUUAGCAACGAGUGUUUUCUACACAGGAGUGAGUUUCUUAGAGGGCAAAGACGAUAUUUUUGAAGACUGGAGGGAAAAGUUCUUCAAUACGUAUAAGACAGGACUUAUGUACUGGCCAUUCAUGCAGUUUCUGAAUUUUGUGUUGAUGCCCCUGUACCUGCGCACCGCGUUCAUGGGCUGCUCUGCCUUCGUCUGGGCCACCUUCUUAUGUUUCUCACGACAGAGCGGGGAUGGCACCGCUGCCGUUGCCUUGGCUUGGAUCCUCUCUCCCAAAAAGAAGUUUCUGGCAAGCAGCACCACUGAGGACAAGUGAUUACCCAGAAGUACACACGAUAGUCUUCAUAUGUGCCUUCACUGGAAACCAGUUUCCUGACCAUAACCAGUACUGUACUAACCCAGUCAGAACAUUUCCUAAGUCUUCUCCAAGUCUCCGGUGUUUGUUUGUUUGUUUGUUUAUUUAUUUAUUUAGGAUUAGAAUGUGUUUUAUGAUCAUUUUUAUGGGACUGCUGUGUGUUGUGGCAAAUUAUGUCUGUACUGUGGGUAUUACGGGCGUAUUUAUGUGGUUAUUUAUUUAUUGGUUUGUUUAUUUAUUUAUUUAGAUUCAGUGAUUUAAAAAGUGCUCUGUUCACUUUAAAUGUGUACUUCCAUGCCAUCAGCCCAAGUCCCUUACACAUGAGCAAGACAGGUAUCAGCAGUACAACUUGGA